CAGCUGGUUUUUAAAAGUGAUGGAAUGGUGUUUCCUAAAAUUCUCUGCAGGGAAACGGGAAAUACAAAUGCUCACAUUCCAUGGUUGGACUUUGGAAACAUUGGUGCAGCAGCAAUCUCGGAUGUUGACUCUCUCCUUUGGGCAGUGAAAAGGACUGAUACCUGUGUACCAACAACAGCCAGCAUUGGAGUGGGUACAGAAUCUGAGCCGAACAGAGCAUGGACCUGGGAGAAAAGAAGCUCCAAGCACUGGGGCCUGUCUGCGUCCACUUCUGACUGUCCGACUGAAUGCUGGAAGCCAUCAGAAAUUGAGACUGAUGAAACUGUGCUGAGGAGGCGACAGAAGCAGAUAGAUUAUGGAAAGAACACUCCUGCCUAUCCACGCUACCAGCAAGAAGUCCCGAAGAGACUCCGAGUGCCAGGAAUACACCCUCAAACUCCCAACAAGUACAAGAAAUACAGCCGCCGCUCCUGGGAUAAGCAGAUCCGGCUGUGGAGGAAGGCACUUCAUGCUUGGGACCCACCAUUUGCGCAGGAGGAUGGCCUGAAGUCAAUCCCUGGGAUAGGUAUUUGGUCUCCUCUGCAUGGAAUGGACAAAGCAAAGAGACCACUGGAGCAAUGGUUUGGUCCCCUGUGCUACACCCAUGUGACUACAAGCAACUCCUCCUCAUUGAUGCCUGAUGAUCAAACUCCCUUUCCAUCUCGUCCUCUUGACAUCUCCCCAAAUGGAGAUGAGGAUCCCUUUGAAUUACUCAGUGGAAUGGAGAGGUGA